AUGGCGCCUCCUUCUCCCUUGCCAGCGGCGCUGCUGGCCGUGUGCGCCCUGCUCGCCGCCAUGGCGCUCCUCCAGGGCGCGCGGGCGCAGCAGCUGAGCCCGGCCUACUACGACGUGUCGUGCCCGCACGUCUACGACACGGUGCGCCGCGUCAUCCAGGCGGCGCGCACCGCCGACCCGCGCAUCCUCGCCAGCCUCGUCCGCCUCCAGUUCCACGACUGCUUCGUCAACGGCUGCGACGGGUCGCUGCUGCUGGACGACGGCCCGGCGAUAAACAGCGAGAAGAACGCCGCCCCGAACAACAACUCGGCGCGCGGGUUCCCGGUGGUGGACGACAUCAAGGCCGCCCUGGAGAGCGCGUGCCCCGGCGUCGUCUCCUGCGCCGACAUCGUCGCACUCGCCGCCGAGGUCUCCGUCGAGCUGGCAGGAGGGCCCUACUGGAGGGUGCUGCUGGGCCGGAGGGACGGCACGACGGCCAACUUCGACGCCGCCGACAACCUCCCCGCCCCCACGGACACCCUCAACGUCCUUCGGCAGAAGUUCGCCGACGUCGGCCUCGACGACACCGAUUUCGUCGCCCUCCAAGGAGCGCACACGAUCGGCCGGGCGCAGUGCAGGUUCUUCCAGGAGAGGCUCGACAACUUCGCCGGCACCGGGCAGCCGGACCCGACGCUGGACGGGGCGUACCUGUCCGCCCUGCGACAGAGCUGCCCGGCGGCCGGCGCCGCCGACGCGCGCCUCAACAACCUCGACCCGGCCACGCCGGACGCGUUCGACAACAGCUACUACCACAACCUGCUGCGCAACCGCGGCCUGCUCCGGUCCGACCAGGUGAUGCUCUCCGCGCCGGACGGCGCCGCGGCCUCCACGGCGCCCAUCGUCGAGCGGUUCGCCGCCAGCCAGGCCGACUUCUUCCGGAGCUUCGCCACGGCGAUGAUCAAGAUGGGCAACAUCGCCCCGCUGACCGGAAGCAUGGGGGAGGUCAGGAGGAACUGCAGGGUGGUGAACAGAAGCUGA